AUGGGGUUACCAGGAACCAGGCUCGGAGCCUUCCGAGCGUAUUUCUUUGGAUUCUUCAUCUGUGGUAUCCUCGAGUUCAAGUCCUACAUCGAUGAUUUUGGCUAUAAGGACCAGACAACAGUGAGCGCUGUCAUGGUAAGCUUGCAAAAUGUAGGCGCAUUCAUUUCGGCCUUGGGUAUCUUCUGGGUGUCCGAACGGUACGGGCGAAAGAAAACAGUCCAGGCAGCCAUGACCGUGUUCUGCCUCGGGGUGGUUUUGCAGGUGGUACCAUCACACUCACUCGUUUGUUUCUAUAUUGGGCGAUUUAUUGCUGGUCUCGGUCUCGGUGCAGGCACUGCGGUCGUUCCAGCAUACAACGCCGAAAUGGCACCCAGGGAAAUCCGAGGCAAGCUCGGGUCAGGGAUGCAAUGGUUCUUUGCACUGGGUGUGAUGCUGAGCUAUUGGAUUGACUAUGCUGUGAAGCUCACACUGCCCGUCUCUUCAAAGCAGUGGCAGAUUCCCGUUGGUCUCCAGAUGGUGCCAGCUGGAGUUCUUGCACUGGGCCUCUGUGGUAUGCCCGAAAGUGUACGCUGGUUGGCCAAGAAGGGUCGUUUUGACGAAGCAUGGGAAAGCCUAAAAUGGCUGCGAGCUAGUGAAAGCCCCGAAGUGAAGGCAGAAUUCAACGAAAUCCGAGUCGGACUUGAGGAAGAGUUGCGAGCAACUGAGGGCUUUAAUAAGCGCGAACUUCUUGAGCCCGCAAGUCGGUACAGACUGCUCCUUGCCGUUUUCAUAUUCUGCGGUCAACAGUGCACUGGAAUGACGGCACUGGCUUACUUCGGCCCGCAGUUCUUCAAACUGCUAGUCGGCAACAACACUAACCAGUCCCUUCUCAUCACCGGUCUAUUUGGUGCCGAGAAGUUCAUCACAGUUGGCAUUUAUAUUUUGUUCUUCUCCGAGAUGUGGGGACGCAAGCCGACCCUUUGGAUUUCAGCUCUGUUGAUGGCCGGUUGCUUCAUUAUUGUCACAGUCGUCAAGGAAACCACCCCAGAGCCCGAUGCAAAAGCCACCCCGGCUGGUAUUGGUAUGGUGGCUAUGAUUUUCCUUACCAACUCGAUCUACCAAUUCAGUUGGGGCCCCUUGCCGUGGCCAUACACUGCCGAGAUCUUCCCAACACGAAUUCGGGAGAUCGGAACCUCUGUCGCAGUAUCAACACAGUGGCUUUUCAACUUCCUUUUCUCCCUGGUGACGCGCUACAUGAUGAAUUCCUGGGGCAGUUAUGUGUUUCUUUUCUACGCAAUCCUGGAUAUUAUCAUGGCUAUCAUUGUCUUCUUCUUUGUCAAAGAGACAAAAGGGAAAAGUCUUGAAGAGAUGGAAACUAUAUUCCACAGCAAGGCUGCAUUUGAUGUUGAUGCUGUCCGACGCGAAACGCUUGAUGCGGACGAAGUUAAUGUACAUAACAAGUCUGUAGACUACCCAUGA